ACAUCCCUCUCCUCCUCACCACCACCUCCACAACCACCCGACACACGCCUGCACACCUUGCUUGACCACCAUCACAUCAUCACCACAUCGACAUCGACAUCGACAUCGACAUCGACAUCACCUGCUCAGGCUACUUGCACAUCCCUCAGCGCGCAACGCCGCAUACACAAAGUAAGACACGCCAAACACAGCAUCGCAAGCAUCGCAAGCAUGAGCGUAGUUGCGCUCCCUGAGCGAAUCGCCUUUGAGGACACGUCGGUGGACAGCGCCACCUUUGUGCGAGUGACGUACGACGUGGUGGCCAUCUUUACGCAAACGCGUGGAGAGGUGUUGCACCGCCUAGAAGACGAGGCAGAGAAGCUUCCUGGUGGCGACUUUCCUGAGGGCGAUCCGCGCGAGGAGGAGCAUUCGGAUGCGCUAAACGAUGCCAUGGAUGGCAUCAACGCCUUUAGCCUCAUCACCACACCUCAAGCGCACGCUGAAUAUAGGCAGCGCUACGAUGCUCUGCGCAACAUAGGCAGCGCCAAGGACGAGGCGGACUCCCUAAGGGCUUGCGUGAGGCUGGCCAUUUUGAGAAGCGGCUUCUAUCAAAACGUCCUCCGUGACGGUCUGCCGCUGUACAAGGCCAGCAAGCAGGGCGAGCUCAGCACCGAGGAGCAAGCAGCUACGCGUCUCAUCGAGUACCUUGUGGUCCCCUUGCCCCUCGCACAAGAGCGUGUGGAUGCCAUCUUGCCCGGGCAAGCUUGAUUCGCGCGCAUACACGCUACGCAGUCAACAUGGUGUGCCAACACGCUAAGGACCUGUUCUUGCUCCGCGCACAUCAUCCAAACAUGAGUCCGGCUCGAUGCAGUAUGCGACUCGGCAUGCAAGCAGCAAGAUCGUUUCAUGGAUGGCAUUGCGAGACGAAGGGUGACGCGGAGCUGGCCGAAAGCGGAGAAUCCGUUCUUGCGGGGGUCAAGUGUAUCGGUCAAGGCUCGAAAUGGCAUGCGGAUCUACACGAGGAAGCACAGGGGCAACAAUGGCGACGAGGAAUGGAGCUUGAGCGGGACGUGCCGGUGACUUGGGAGAUACGAGUGGCGCAGGUAUGUGCAAUCCUAUCCAUCCAUCCGUUC